UUAAGUAGUUAAUGGUAGCCACUCCUGACAUAUAUGUAUAAUCAUUGAACUGAACUGUUCAAGAACCUCAAGUCAUUCGUUGAUUCGUAUGUCGAGUGCAAGUAAUUAAAGAAAUUCUAUUUAAAACAAUGGAUGAAGUGGGUAUUAUUCUGCCUGAUAAGGAUGUUGGAGAGAUGGAUUGCAAACCUGUAAGUGGACAUUAUACUGGUGCUGGUGAUGAAUUAGAUGUUGAAGAUCUUUAUACAAAGUACAAGAAACUACAAAGAAUGCUAGAAUUUCUCGAGGUUCAAGAAGAAUAUAUCAAAGAUGAACAACGUAAUUUGAAAAAAGAAUAUUUACAUGCUCAAGAAGAAGUAAAGCGCAUACAAAGUGUGCCUUUGGUUAUUGGACAAUUCUUAGAAGCUGUAGACCAAAACACUGGUAUUGUAGGUUCUACGACAGGCUCUAAUUAUUAUGUACGGAUUUUAUCUACAAUUGAUAGAGAGCUGUUAAAGCCUUCUGCAAGUGUAGCUCUUCAUAAACAUAGCAAUGCUUUAGUAGAUGUUCUACCACCAGAAGCUGACUCAAGUAUUUCAAUGUUGCAAGCAGAUGAAAAACCUGAUAUUCAAUAUAGUGACAUUGGAGGCAUGGACAUGCAAAAACAAGAGAUUAGAGAAGCGGUAGAACUACCUUUAACUCAUUUUGAAUUGUAUAAACAAAUUGGAAUUGAUCCACCAAGAGGUGUGUUAAUGUAUGGUCCCCCUGGAUGUGGUAAAACUAUGCUUGCAAAAGCUGUAGCUAGACACACUACUGCUGCAUUUAUUCGCGUAGUAGGAUCAGAAUUCGUACAGAAAUACUUAGGUGAAGGACCAAGGAUGGUCAGAGAUGUCUUCCGUCUAGCCAAAGAAAAUUCGCCAGCUAUAAUUUUCGUUGAUGAAAUUGAUGCUAUAGCCACAAAAAGGUUCGAUGCGCAGACUGGUGCUGACCGCGAAGUUCAACGUAUUCUUUUGGAACUGCUUAAUCAGAUGGAUGGUUUUGAUCAAACUACUAAUGUUAAAGUUAUUAUGGCUACAAAUAGGGCUGAUACAUUAGAUCCUGCAUUGUUACGUCCUGGCAGGUUAGAUCGAAAAAUCGAAUUUCCUCUACCUGAUCGUCGUCAAAAACGUUUGAUUUUUUCGACAAUUACAGCGAAAAUGAAUCUGAGCGAAGAAGUAGAUCUUGAAGAUUAUGUAGCACGACCAGAUAGAAUUUCUGGUGCAGACAUUAACGCAAUUUGCCAAGAAGCAGGAAUGCAUGCAGUUCGUGAAAAUCGAUAUAUAGUCCUGGCGAAAGAUUUCGAGAAGGGCUAUAAAAAUAAUAUUAAAAAGGAUGAAUCUGAACACGAAUUCUACAAAUAAUUAGGGAGAAACCGUAUUACUAUGCGCUAUUUACAUUUUAUGAUCACAUAUGUAUUUGCAAAUUUAUGUAUUGCUAUAAAUUCAAUAAUCAAUAUACGUUUAUACAA